ACAGAACCGACAUCAUUUAUCAAGAACACCAGAGUCUCUGAUGGCAGUGGAUGGACUAAUGAGUUACAUAUCUACAACCUCUCAGAAGGUGUGUGGAGCUGUCCUGCCACCACUGGAGAGAGACCUCCUCCAUGUGCAGCGUUUACAUUCACUGCAGUGGAUGACAAGAGGGCAGUCAUGUUUGGUGGAAACAAUGGAGAGCUAGGCAAAAUGAACAAUGUCUUCCUCAUUGACAUCCCCACUAUGGUAAUCUGC